AUGGGGUUCAUGGCUCUGAAACUUGACAUGAGUAAAGCAUAUGAUAGGGUUGAAUGGGAUUUCUUGGAUAAAAUCAUGGAGAGAUUGGGUUUUGAUGAAGGCCUUCAUUCUUUAAUACAACAGGCAGCUGACAAUGGAGAAUUACGUGGAGUGUCUCUUUGCAAAGAAGGGCCAAAAAUCACCCAUUUAUUCUUUGUAGAUGAUAGCUUGCUCUUUUGUAGGGCCAAUGAUACAGAUUGCCAAACGGUGAUGAAUAUCCUCACAAUGUAUGAAGAAGCGUCAGGUCUGAAAAUCAACCGUGAGAAAACACAAUUAUUCUUCAGCACAAAUACACAAGAAAAUAUCAAGAAUAGGGUGAAGGACUUGGUGGGGGUUGAGGUGGUGACUCAAUAUGAAAAAUAUUUGGGUAUGCCAUCAUUUGUAGGGAGAGCAAAGAAGGAAACCUUCAAAUAUAUUAGAGAGAGUGUGUGGCACAAAAUCCAAGGUUGGAAAGAAAAACUCCUAUCACAAGCAGGCUGGGAGAUCUUAAUCAAAGCAAUCAUCCAAGCAAUGCCGACCUUCACUAUGGGGUGUUUCAAACUCCCCAAAAAUUUGUGCAAGGACAUUGAAGCAUUGACUAGAAAAUUUUGGUGGGGGUAUUCAGGUGAGGCGGGAGUUGGAGUAGUAGUUAGAGAUGCAGAUGGAAGGGUCUGUGGUGCUCUCUCAGACAGAACGGUACUACCUGCAACAGUGGAGGAGGUCGAGGCCAUUGCAUGUAGAAAAGUCGUACGGUUCGCUAUUCAACUUGGACUUGCAAACGUGGUUUUUGGGGGAUUCUGA